GUCGUUGCAACAACUGGCAGAACGCUCGCAUCGCCACUGCAUCAUGCUCGCACCCGAGCCGUCGCUCCUGGCGCCGCCGACAUCUCCUUCGCCCCUCCCAUCCCCGCCAUCCCCUCCGCCCACAUGCAGGUUCAAAAAAUGCACUAGACCCUUGCUCCCUAACAGCGACAAGUGCUUGUUCCAUAAGAACCGACCGCACUGUUCCUCCGCCGGCUGCAACAACCAGGUCGUGUCCAAGAACCUGUGCGCGCGCCACGGCGGGAAGAAGAUAUGUCAUGUCGAAGGAUGCACUGCCAAUACGCGGGGUCGGAAGUUCUGCCUCGAGCACGGCGGCGUCGUGCCCAAGCGCUUCUGUUCGGUCGACGGGUGCGAAAAGCAAGCCCAUUCGUAUCAAAAGUGUGUGCGGCACGGCGGCGGUCGGUACUGCAAAGCGAUCGGAUGUUCGUUCCAUGCCCGAUCGGGCGGACUCUGCCGCUUUCACCGGUCCGGGACGCCUGCCGCUUCCACCAAGAGCCACGAGUCGCCGUCGUCGAGUUCGUCCGACGACGAUGGCGGCAGUCCCGACAAGAGCACCCGCAGCUUCCUACUUGCGCCGGCAGAGCUAUCUACCCACCACGAACACAACCUCGCGUUGCUCAAUGCCCUGAAAGCCCAUUUUCUACCUCGCGACAAGCCAGACGUCCCCCGACCGCAAGUCGAGUUGAUGCCUCGGCCUUCCCCGCUCAGCAUGCUGGCGUCCCUUCGUGUCCCAUAUCCACCGCCUCGAGACACUCCCAACGACCCGAUUGAGCCGCCGGGCGCUGGAUCUGGUGGCUGUGCCACGCCGACUCGGCUCCCGUCCAGUCCGACCGAGGUUGCCCACCCUGUUGAUGGAGCAGCUGCUGCCACUGCUGCCGUCGUCGGCUCUUCUUCUUCGUCUACCACCAGCGUACUCCAAGACCACACGCUCAUGUCAAUGGCCAACUUGGUGCACGCCAUGACCACAUCCUCUUCUUCGUCGUCGUCGUCGCUGCUGCCCAAGUUUCGCUCAUCGUUGUAUUCCCUUCCCCGAUGCAAAUUCAAUUCAUGCGGCAACCCCAUCUUUGCCGGCUCGGACAAGUGUGCGUUCCACAAGAACCGAACCAACUGCUCGUUUCCGAAAUGCACCAACCAGGUCGUGGCCCGCAACCUGUGCGUCCGCCACGGGGGCCGCCGGCUGUGCCAGUUUGAAGACUGCACGGCCCAUCGCCGCGGCAAACAGUUUUGCCUUAAGCAUGGCGGCGAAGUACCCAAGCGCUUCUGUACCGUCGAAGGAUGCGAUAAGCAAGCUCAUUCGUAUCAAAAGUGCGUGCGCCACGGCGGCGGCCGCUACUGCCAGUCGCCAGGGUGCUCGUUUCAUGCACGGACGGGCGGGUUCUGCCGCAACCAUGCGACCGGAGAGGCGGCGGCGGCGGACGGUAACGACGACGAUGAUGAUGACGAGGAAGUGAAGAAGGCCAAGCCCGUGGACGGACUCCUCAUGCUGCAAAUGUGUGCGACGGGAGCUGUCGACGGCUUGUAACAGGAAUAGAGGUGGUGUAGGAGGAUGCUGCAUUAGCGUGAGCGGCAGUGUAUGAUAGAAGUAGCUAGCUACCUUACCAUUAGCACUUGUAAAUGCAUGACGCGAGUACUACUGUAGUACGAGUGGCUAGUGUCCCAA